CACACUCACGCAUCACAGAGUAACAGCAGCAGGGCGAGGACAGAGCAUCCCUCCAUCUCUCUUUCUGGAGAAACAAGUCUGGCUCUUUUGAAUUAUUGAAGCCCCUACCGAAGCCCCGUGCAUUAUUCAACAUAAUCAAAGCCGAGAUAUCGCGGAGACAUACCCCCACCUCGACAUCAGGGGAGCGAGUCGGCCGUAGAGAAGAGAGCUCGGUGUGAAAGCAGACGGACCGUUUCAGCACCUCGGACAGCGACCAUGGCUCCAAUGGUGGAGGACGGAGCUCAGCUCGUGGCAGUGCCAGUAGGUGUUGCUGUGGUGAGUGUCUUUGGCCUUGUCUUCAGUGUGUCAGCCUUUGCAUGGAUCUGUUGCCAGCGUAAAAACACCAAAUCCCAGAAGACACCUCCCUACAAGUUUGUGCACAUGCUCAAAGGGGUCGACAUCUACCCGGAGAGCCUCAGCGGCAAGAAGAAGUUCGCUGCACCUGCCACCACGACGACUAAUGACAGCAGUAAAACUGACGUUAACGGGAACUGCCACACUACGUCACUAAUGAGCCCGACCGGCACCGGUAAACUGGCGUCAAGUCCAAAUGAUUCCAGGCCGGCUCUGCAUCUGGAUCUGGAGAAACGGGAUCUGAAUGGCAACUUCACCACCAAACCAUUUCAUCACCACCACCAGAAGGUGCGGAGCUCCCCGGACCUGGAGCUGCCCUCUCCCCAUGCAGGGUUCACCCAGCCUGGGGUGAUGGACCGCCGUGACCUCCCUUCACCUUCCAGCACCCUCUCAAGCCAGGCACCCACCCCGGCUGUGGACAAGCCCCAGGGAGAGGAGAGGGAGGGUGGGCUAGGGACCCUCCAUUUCUCCCUGGACUACCAGGCAGAGAGAAAGGCAUUCAUUGUCCAUAUCAAGGAAGCCCAUGGCCUGACCCCAACGGAUGAGCAGUCCCUGACCUCUGACCCUUACAUCAAGCUGACCCUGCUGCCCGAGAAAAAGCACCGGGUGAAGACCAGAGUCCUGAGAAAGACUCUGGACCCCGCCUUUGAUGAGACCUUCAGCUUCUACGGGAUCCCGCUGGCCCGAGUGUCGGAGUUGGCCCUUCACUUCAUGGUGCUCAGCUUUGAUAGGUUCUCUCGUGAUGAGGUCAUCGGAGAGACCCUUGUACCUUUGUCCGGGAUCGACUUAUCAGAGGGGCGUGUCCUGAUGAGCCGAGAGAUCAUCAAGAGGAAUGUCAAGAAGUCCUCAGGCCGAGGCGAGUUACUGCUGUCCCUGUGUUAUCAGUCCACCACCAAUACUUUGACUGUGGUCGUCCUUAAAGCUCGCCACCUGCCCAAGACUGAAAACAAUGGACCUACAGAUCCAUACGUCAAGGUGAACAUGUACCAUGGGAAGAAGCGGGUUUGCAAGAAGAAGACCCACGUGAAAAAAUGCUCCCCCAACCCGGUCUUCAACGAGCUCUUUGUCUUUGAUCUGCCCUCCAACGAGGGCCUGAGGGACACCAGCGUGGAGCUGCUGCUGAUGGACUCAGACACAGGCAACUCACGCUGUCCCAACACCAUCCUUGGGCGUCUGGUGUUGGGCACGUCAGCGGCAGGCACCCCGGGCGAGCACUGGAGGGAGAUCUGCGACCACCCACGUCGCCAGAUUGCCAAGUGGCACGCCAUGUCGGAGGAUUAGAACGCAGGGGUGUUGGUGGAUUCUGUCGUCCAUAUCCGAUCUGGUCUGACCACGAGAGGGAUGGAGGGAGGAUGGGCAGGAUUUAACAUCCCUGCUAGCCAGUACCCAUUGGACUUUC